UGUUGAAGUAUAGUUUAAUUAAAUUACCCACUUUGAAACUCAAAUGGGAAGGCAACCUUGUUGUGACAAACUCGGUGUCAAGAAGGGUCCUUGGACUGCUGAGGAGGACAAAAAAUUGGUCACCUUUAUUCUCACUCAUGGCCAUUGUUGUUGGCGGGCUGUCCCCAAGCUCGCUGGCCUCCGUCGCUGUGGCAAGAGCUGCCGCCUCCGCUGGACUAACUAUCUCCGCCCUGACCUCAAACGUGGCCUUCUUAAUGAAGCUGAAGAACAACUUGUCAUUGAUCUCCAUGCUCGCCUUGGCAAUAGGUGGUCUAAAAUUGCAGCAAGAUUGCCAGGAAGAACGGAUAAUGAGAUCAAGAAUCAUUGGAAUACCCACAUCAAGAAGAAGCUUAUUAAGAUGGGAAUCGAUCCGGUUACGCAUGAGCCUCUGAAAAAACAAGAAACCGGUACACAAGAUAAUAAUCCUGAGGCAGCUGCAAAGUUUGAUGUUAAUAAUGAUCAGCAAGAGGAGGCAAAAGUGAGCUCUCAGACUGAGAAUUAUUCAACUGAUGAAUCGAAUUCGAGGUCAUUGGAUCCAAACAGUAGUGAUGACGACCUGUUGAUGAGUUACAUGUGGUCAGAGACAUUUCUUGAUGACACUUCAUGGAGCUUCCCAGCAGCCAGAGAAAUAGAAUAUGGUGAUCAAUUUGGAAGAUUGUCUUCAUCAGAAGAAAACUGUUCAUGGUUGAUGGACUAUCAAGAGUUUGGAGAAGGAGAAUUUGGGCUUGGAAAUUGUUUCAAUGAAAAGGACAUUAAUGCAGUACUAGACAUGGGGAGCAAGCUAUGACAAUCCAUAUAUUCAACUUUCUGGAGUUGUUAUGUAAAAAGAGAAGCUUCAGGAUUUCUGGACAACCAUUAUUUACUUCAAAAAUUUCUGCAGAAGAACCAAGAAGAAAACAAGUGUUUAAGAAAUAAAUUUGGUUUCUUAAGCAAAAUCAAACCAUAUCUGUCUUCCUUUCUUUUUGUUCUUGUCUGGCAUUAUAUUAUCAUCUUAUCAACCUGAAGGAUCUGCAAUUAAAAGAAGGAGAUAUUCUACCUAAAGGGUCACCCCACUCUUUUCAGAGCUGUGAGGUUGAAGAAACAAAUGCGAUACUUGAAUAUAAAUUAAUGUAAUUAAAUGUAGCUUUGCCUCUUCUUAAUAAAGUAAAAGAGAAAAUUAUAGGAUGAACUUUUGUACUUUUAUGAUGAUCUUCUCUUGUUUAUGUACCAUAUUAUUAUUUUAUUGUGCCCAACAAUAAUUAAGUAAUGG